CCUGAAGGAGCACCUGCCCCCCGCCGUACAGCAGGACCUGGUGCUGCUGCUCACGGAGUUCAUCUACCUGCCCUGGAGGGAGGCGCGCAGGGCGGCAGCAGGCGGGGGAGCAGCAGCAGCAGGCAGCAGCAGCCAGGGCGCCCCCAGCAGUAGCCAGGGCGGCGGUAGCACCCAGGCUGCAGCAGCCUCGGGUCGCGCGGAGGAGGUGCAGCUGUCCUUCCUGCAGACGCUGGUGGGGGAGGUGUUCACGGAGCGGCUGCUGACGCGAGUGGGCGCGUGGCGGGGGGUGACGCCGGGGUGCGCCCCCGAGUGGAGCUUCCCGCAGCUGGCGGGGAGCUACCUGACAGAGGAGGAGCACGGCCACCCCGCCCUCGCCUUCGUCCGCGUGGCCACCCACCUGCUGUCCCUGGACUCGCGGGUGGCUGAGGCGGUGGGGCUGCUGCGGCGGCAGCUGCUCAAGCUGCUGCACGUCAAGGAGUUUGGGACGGAGGCGGAGUUCAGGGAGCUGUGCCAGCCGUUUGUCAUGCAGGACGUCAUCUGCGGCUACUGCAACGACUGUCGCGACCUGGACCUCUGCCGCGACGAGGCCCUCGCGCAGCACGACUGGCGCUGCCGCUCCUGCCGCCAGCCCCUGGACACCGCCUCCCUGGAGCGCCGCCUCGUGGCCGCACUGCGAGCCGAGGCAGCAGCCUACCAGACACAGGACCUGGCGUGUGUGAAGUGCAAGCAGGUGGCGGUGGGGCACCUGCGGGCGCUAUGCGGGCUGUGCGGAGGGGGGCUGACGAACACGCGGAAGCCCGAGACGGCGUGCAGGAGGCUGCUGGUGUAUCGCAACCUGGCGAGGUUUCACGGGUUCCGGGUGUUGGCUGAGCUGGCGGGUUGGUUGCUUGGG